GCGACAUGUGCGUAUAAAACCGCCGCACGAGCACCCUCGGUGUUCACAUAACGUUGGGACGCACUGCACCGCACGCAAAAUGAAGUUUUUGGCCGUAGUUCUUCUCGCGUUAUGGCGCCAAGCUGCCGGCAUCGUUCCUGUGUCUCCUUUGGGGUACGCGCGGCCAGCGUUCGCCCCGCUAGGUGUGGCACCCGGAUUGGCCCCGUUAGGCGUGGCACCAGGAUUGGCACCGCUGGGCGUAGCACCGAGAUUGGCACCCAUCGGAGUAGCACCUAGGGUUGCAGCAGUCGCCCCGGCUAUCGACGAAUACGACCCAAACCCGCAGUAUUCAUACGCCUACGAUAUUCAGGAUGCUCUUACUGGUGACUCAAAGAACCAUCAGGAGUCGCGGUCCGGCGACGUGGUGCAGGGCUCGUACUCGCUGGUGGAGCCGGACGGCACGCGGCGCGUCGUGGAGUACACCGCCGACCCGCACAACGGCUUCAACGCCGUCGUUCACAAGGAGCCCCUCGGCGCCGCCGUCAAGGCUGUCGCCGCGCCCGCCUAUAUCCACUAGUCGAUUCGAAAGUCAAACUUUCGUUAUUUGCCUCUCUAUCGCUCUUUGCAUAUUCGAGUGAUAGAGAGGCAGAUAGAUGAUGAUGAUGGUUCGCGGUAGGCCAUCAGUUCUCAAAGUCGCGUUAGGGGAGAGUUUUGCUCAAUAACUCCAAUUGGGAACAAUAGUUCUUUCUAAAUUCAGGCCAACUAGCUGUAGCAAGGAUUAAAGCUAAAUAUAUGGAUCUCGUUAAAAUACCUGAAUUGGUAAAAUGCAGGUACUUAGAUAAUCUUGUUAAUAAAAAAAAACAACGGGUUGCACUCCGGGAGUGCCGGCAGAAGUGAAAACUCAAUGACAUUGUAACAGUUUUUCGAUCAGGUCACGUGUCCGUCUUACGAAUCUUACGGUCACGUGACCUGUCGCGAGUUUAACAUUUUUUCCCCAUCACAAAAAGUGCACAGCGCCGCUAAAGAUGUUUUCACUUCAAAAAUCAGUGACUUUUAGAACUGGGAUAAAUAAUGGCUGCCAACUUUAGAAGCGUUAAUGAACUAGUGUUACAUGAAUCUGGUUACGGUAAGAUGCAAGGGGAAAAGCAAUAAGUAUUUUUGUUGUGCGUUCUAUUCUAGAUAGUGUUCUUAAACGCUUCUUUGAUUUGGUACAAAAUGAAAUGAAUAUCACCCAUCUCUAAUCACAUGAUGAACUUAAAAUGCUGUGUUUAAUACAUGUAUGUAAUGUAAGUUAUAAUUAUAAUGGCCUCUUUCACUAUCCAGAUUCAUUGAGCGCAGUACCAUAUGACAAUGUGACCUGAACCGUAUUUUUAGAGACGUGGUUAUGAAGAAAACAACAUAUUGUAAGUUGUUUUUGUUUAGCAACGUCAAAUGUUAUGUUAUGUACUCUGUAUAGGUACCUAAUUGUUAGAUGUUAAAGCUAAGGUAAUAAAUAAGAGGAAUCCAA